UCCCCAUACUAAACAUCGGAAAAAACCUGUACCUAUAUGAAAAAACACGGCAACCCUGUAAUACAAAUUGUUGGAUAUCCUAACCUGAUGUUUGUUUUGCUUUUCCAAUUUUCAUUCAAAGCAUGGCAAAGUUUCGUGAAAAUUUAAUAACAAAUUGCGAAAAAAAGUUUAUCAUAAAGAAUUUAGAGGACCACACGCGUUUAGAUGGAAGAGCCUUUGACGAAUUCCGAGAGCUAUCCAUUGACUUCGGUCGUGAUUGGGGAUGCUGUUACGUAUCGUUAGGUAAAACACGUGUCUUAGCGCAGGUGUCUUGCGAAAUCCAGAGGCCAAAAUCAUCGAGACUAAGUGAGGGUAUUCUCAGUAUAAAUGUCGAAUUAAACCCUUUGGGCGCGUCACAUUUCGAAUCCGGUCGCAAUUCCGAAUUGCAAGUUGUCAUGAAUCGAAUUUUAGAGAAGUGUGUUAAAGAUUCAAGAGCGGUCGAUAUGGAAUCCUUGUGUAUUAAAAUAAAUGAAAAGGUGUGGGCGUUUAGGGUCGAUAUUAAUAUACUGAAUCACGAGGGGAAUUUGCUAGAUUGUGCGUCUAUAGCAUUGCUGGCAGCGUUGGCACAUUUUCGUCGACCUGACGUCAGUUGUGAUGGUGAGGAGACUAUUGUGCAUUCGUAUGCAGAACGGGAUGCUAUUCGUACGGUUAUACAUCAUUAUCCUGUUUGCAUUACUUAUGCACUUUUCAAGGAGGGCACUGUCGUUUUGGCCGAUCCUACUCUGCUAGAGGAGGGAGUCGCCGAUGCUAGUUUAAUUCUAGGCAUAAAUAGUUACAAGGAGGUUUGCACUUUGCAUUUGGGUGGGAAGGCAUUAAUGGAUCCGGAAAAUAUACUUAAAUGCACUUCGAAAGCAGCUCAUCGUGCUAGUCUACUUGUAACAGAGAUUAAAACAGUGCUGAAACAAGAUGACGAGAGGCGAGUACAGGGUCAAAUUAACAGCUUCCAAAGUUUCAAGCAUGCUCAAGGUACAAAGUCAUUGGAUACUCUCACAAAGUAUUUGGAUCAGUGGUCAGUGCAGAAGAGGAAAAGGGAUUCAAAACGGAAAAAUACUGAGAAUGGUACUGUGCAACCGUUAGGCAAAGGAUCGGCUGUCCUCUUGCCUGUAGAAGAUGAUGGUGCAAAGAGUUGGAAACCAAGUAGUGAUGAAAAUGAAUCGGACUCGUGCAGUUAAUAGUUUAUUCAACAUUUUAGUUCUUAUUGCCAGUAAAAUAUUUUAUAAAAUUUAAUUUUUAAAAUUAUAUUAUAAACGGUUUAUAAGAAAUAUUAAGUUGUAUCGCCGGUAAUACCAUUUUUUUGAUCCAGUUUGUUACUGUUGGUUUUAACUGUGUAAAUAAAGAACGUCAGGACAUC